AGGAAUAUGAACGAAAACGAUACAAUGAAAGUCUACGUCGAAGAAUUCAUGACUGAGGAAGAAGAAGAGAAGAAAGAAGAGUUUGACGUAGAAGAGGCAAUGAACAACUUUGUUAUUUAAAAAGGACUACUUCGUAUUACAUAGAGAUGGAGAUAUCUUCAAAGAUUAUGAUAUUGAGCGCGUGCCUAUUGGAGAAGGUGGGUUUGGAUGAGUCUAUCGUGCAAAGGAGAAGGAAACUGGAGCUUUGAGAGCAAUCAAAAAGAUCCCUAUUGAAAAGAUCAUUAAUCCUCAAAAUAUCAUUAAUGAGACUACUGCAUUGAAAAAUCUAGAUCAUCCAAAUAUCAUUAAGCUCUAUGAGACAUAUCAAGAUAAUGAUGGGAUUUAUCUUGUCCAAGAGUUUUGUGAGGGAGGUGAAUUAUUCGACUAUAUUACCGAAAAUGACUACCUCACUGAGAGAGAUGCUGCUAAUAUUUUCAUGCAGAUAAUUCAGUCAAUCAUCUAUUGUCACAAAAACAGAAUAUGCCACAGAGAUCUUAAACCCGACAACUUCAUGUUUGUUUCAAAGGAGAAAGACUCUACUGUCAAGUUGAUUGAUUUCGGUCUUUCAAGAUCAUUUUACAAAUUUCAGAGAACUGGUGAAGGCAAAUGUUUAAGGAUGAAGAGCAAGGUCGGAACAGCUCAUUAUAUGGCACCAGAGAUACUUAAGAAUGACUAUAGUUAUGCCUGUGACACCUGGUCUGCAGGAGUUAUUCUCUAUAUAAUGCUCUGAGGCCUUCCCCCAUUCCCAGGUGAUACUGAAGAAGAAAUAUUUAAAGCAAACCUAGAAGGCACUUUUGAAUUUAAAGAUAAAAUCUGGGAAGAGAUAUCAGAUGAAGCAAAAGAUCUCAUCUCAAAAAUCUUAGUCCCAGAAAAGGAGAGGAUAACUCCAAAAGAGUGCCUUAACCAUCCAUGGGUAAAGAAGUGCACUAGCUCUGAGUUCUCCGUUGAAACAAAGCAAGUAUACGUUGACCGACUGAGACGUUUCCAGGCUGCUUCAAAGCUGAAAAAGGCUAUUCUAUCUUACCUUGCUGCUAAAGUAACUGAAGAAGAGAUCAAAGAAAGUGUGAUGUUAUUUAACUCAAUCGAUAAGAACCAUGAUGGUUAUAUUACUAUUAAAGAACUUUACAAAGGACUGAACGCAGCUAAUAUGAACUCAAAAGAGGUUAGCGCAAUCGUCAUGGGUGUGGACACUGACUAUAACGGAGCCAUCAACUUUAACGAAUUCAUUGCUGCAACUCUAGAUGCCUCCAUUUACAAAGAUUAUGAAAAUCUUGCAAAAGCAUUCAAUUUCUUUGAUAUAGAUAAUGAUGGCCUGAUCGAUUGAGGUGAGCUAAAAGAUUGCCUAGCCGGCAAGGACUUUAAGUAUAUUGACAUGAAAGUCUUCAGCUCUGUCAUUGAAGACAGCGAUACCAAUGCAGACGGAAAAGUAGACUUCCAUGAGUUCCUCAGAUGUAUGAGCGUAAAACUUGAGGAUGAAAUGUAA